CGGCCGGCCGGACGCGGGAACAUGGCGCGGCCGCCGGCGAGCCUCGGGUCGCAGGCGCCCGACGGGGACCGCAGGGAGGCCAACAUGGUGACGCGAGUGUCGCAGUGGGCGGACAACCACCUGCGCCUUGUCCAGAACAUCAGCACUGGAAUGGCCAUAGUUGGAAUCAUGAUACUAAUAAGAAGUGUUCGACUGACAUCAAAAUUUACAACCUCUUCAGAUAUUCCAGUAGAAUUCAUAAGAAAGAAAGUUAAACUACGUGGCCGAUUACACCGAAUAACUGAUUGUGGUCUAGAAAUUGAACAUAUUCCUAUUGCUUUACCUUUUAUAUCUUCGUGGAAAAAGGAGCCAUGUGGGCUUUUGCUGGUUAAGCUGGCUGGAGUAGAACUCACUGAAACCGGUAAGAUCUGGUUACAGAAAGAGCUCAAACCUUCCCAGCUGCUGUGGUUCCAGCUUCUUGGAAAGGAGAAUUCAGCACUCUUCUGCUACCUUUUAGUGAACAAGGGUGGAUAUUUUAAUGUGAAUCUGAAUGAGGAAAUUUUGAGAAGAGGCUUGGGCAAAACCGUUCUUGUUGAAGGGCUAAAUUAUGACUCAAAAACACACUGGGAAGUCCACAGAAACUUACUUAAAGCUGAAUUGACAGCCUUAAAGAAAGGAGAAGGAAUAUGGAAGGAAGAAUCUGAAAAAGAAAGUUAUUUUGAAAAAUUCAAAGAUUCCUGGAGAGAAAGAUGGAAAAAGGACAAUUGUUUAAAAACAACCAGACCAGAUUUCAACUUGACCAAAGAAAGUUAUUCUGACAGGUUUCGGAGGGCUUAUGGAAGCUGGAAGGACAACAUGGGCAACUUCUCUUUAGUUUUGAAACUCAGAGAACUUGUGAGCCGCUUACACUUUUGGAGGAAAGGAUGAAGCAUCCUUCAGGUCUAGAGGUGACCUCUGAAGAGUGAAAUGCAUGGACCACUUUUUGUUGAGUCAAAAUGGAAAUUCCUUCAGGUGACCAAAAUUCUAGUCUAGUUGUCCUUAAAUAUUAAAGACAUUGUUAAUAUCAAAAUCAAUUUGAAAGACUUACAAUCAAUGUACUAUACUUUCAGGGAAAAUGACACACUAUAGAAAGUUACCUGGUAGGAAGAGAUAUAUAUAUAUCGCUAUUCUCCCUCCCUGCCCCCUAGUGCUAGGGAUUGAACUCAUGGCCUCAUGCCCUCUGGACUACCUAGCACACCGCUUCUGAGCUACAUUGACAGCCCUGUAUUGUUAAUAUCUCAAGAGAAAAUUUAAGGGGCUGGAGAAAUGGCUCAGUGGUUAAGAGCACUGACUGCUUUCCCAGAGGACCCGGGUUCAAUUCCCAGCACCCACACGGCAGCUCACAACUGUCUGUAACUCUAAUUCCAGGGCAUCCAAUACCCUCACAUAGACAUACAGGCAGGCAAAAACACUAACACACAUAAAAACUAAAAACUAAAAAAAAAAAUUUUAAAAAGAGAAAAUUUAUGUGUUGACUAUUAAAUUAGUUAUUUUGGGCAGCCAGAUUUAAUAUUUGUUUUUCAAUUUCAUCAACUUUAUAAUAAAAUAAUUUUUCAAAUGUUUUCUUUCUGAAGCCACACUUUUCCUCCCAGCAUCUUUCUAGCUGCUAGUGAGAUUGGGCCAGUGCCACAAGAGGUGUGGACACCAUUCUUGGUAAUAAAGAUAGCUAACAUCUCCCUGUUGUUAGAUGAGAGGGUUGCCCUUAAGACAAAGGAUGAGGGUAGCAGCACAGAGCACAGGAAGAAAGGAUCUUUGGGACAGAACCCUGAUUUAGAGAGUAAACUGCCCUGAUAGAAAGCCAGUUUGGAGUUGGGCAUGGUGGCACAUACCUGUAAUCCCAGCACUCAGUAAGUAGAGACUGGAAGAUAAGGAAUUCAAGACCAGUUUGGGUUAAUAUGAGCUUUUAUAUAAAAAUAAAAAACAAAACAACUAAAGCGAAAAAGCCCCCCAACCACUUUAAUGUAUGUACUAAAAUCUUCCUUACAAUGUAAUCCUCUUUCACGAAGCCAACAAUGUUUUGCUAACUGUCGGACCGUGGUCUAGGAAUAGAGUCGUGCAAGAGGAAUUCUGAGUGCUUGUGAGAAAACUCCAAGAAAACAGGACAAGAGUCUUGUGACUAUAGUUUCUUAAAAAAUACAGAACUGUUCUUGGAAUGUGAUUUCAUGCCCCUCCCAGGUGUAGCAGAUAGGAGUGAGUUGGCAUCAGAUUAUUCGUUACAGCUGGCUAUGGUUAUUUAUUCAUAUGCCUCUAUGGAAAAACAUGGUUUUGCCACGUUUGGUUUGUCCUUGUGAUUGUAAACUUGACUUAUGUGACUCCUCUUAGCCCUCAGAGUAUUAAUUGUCUGCUGCUCUGAAUAAAGUUGGCCAUUGCAUGAGA